CUUACACAAGAGAAAUUUCAGAAAAAGAACAUACUGAUAGGGGUCAACAAAGACGAGGGGUUGUUUGUAUAUUUGCUUCCCGGGUUUACAAUAUAUAACUCAAGCGCUCAAACGAUCCAAAUGUAUCGGGAUAACAUGAAAAGGAUGAACUGGUAUCUCUCUCCAAGUACCCAAGAUUCGAUCAUUGCAGAAUACUUACCGACCAAUACAUCCGUUGGAAACGCAAACAGAGACGCCGUACAGGCUGCAUCGGGAGACCGAGAUUUCGUCUGUCCAACUAUAAACAUCGGAAAGGCUUUCUCAGGAUCCGACAUGGGAAAUACCGUUUACAUGUAUUAUUUGACAUAUCGUGCCUCAACCGAGGUGUGGCCAGAGUACUUUGGAACCAUUCAUGGUGCUGAUAUUCAGUGGAUAUUUGGUUUACCAUUAAACAAGUCACUGAGCUAUACUAAAGAAGAAGUGGCACUAUCUAAAGAUAUGAUGGAUUAUUGGAGCAACUUUGCUAAAACUGGGUAAUGUUCAGCACGUAUAUUAACCUUCACUCUGCCAUGACAAAGCGGAGGCGCACAACACCGAAUUAACAUUUAAACCAAAAUGUUACGAGUUUC